CCUGACAUCAUGGUGCAUUUUACUGCUGAGGAGAAGGCUGCUAUCACUGGCCUGUGGGGCAAAGUGAAUGUGGAAGAGGCUGGAGGCGAGGCUCUGGGCAGGCUCCUGGUUGUCUACCCCUGGACCCAGAGGUUCUUUGACAGCUUUGGCAACCUGUCCUCUCCCUCUGCCAUAAUGGGAAACCCCAAGGUCAAGGCCCAUGGCAAGAAGGUGCUGACGUCCUUCGGAGAUGCUGUUAAGAACAUGGACAACCUCAAGGGCGCCUUUGCUAAGCUGAGUGAGCUGCACUGUGACAAACUGCACGUGGAUCCUGAGAACUUCAGGCUCCUGGGCAACGUGAUGGUGAUUAUUCUGGCUUCUCACUUUGGCAGAGAAUUCACCCCUGAGUUGCAGGCUGCUUGGCAGAAGCUGGUGGCUGGUGUUGCCACUGCUCUGGCCCACAAGUACCACUGA